CAAAAAGAGGCCGAAGAAAGAAUUCGUCGAGAAGCAGCAGAAAACUAUGGCUCAGAAAACUAUGGCAAGCUUCCUUUAAACCAAUCACAAGAGAGAACAGGUGUUCAAAGAACUCGGAUUGCCGAUAUCAACGCUAGUCGUGCUGGAGAAACUGUUAGUAUCAGAGCUCGUGUGCAUACCUCACGUGUAACUGGUAAAAUCGGGUUUUUCGUCUUUCGACACCAAGACUCCACAAUUCAAGGGGUUCUUCAAGUUGACGAAAAAAUUGUUAGCAAAGGUUUUGUUAAGUUUGCUGCCAAUGUCCCAGAUGAAUCGAUUGUCAUCGUUGAAGGUGUUGUAAGCAAACCAAAUGAAGAAAUAAAGAGUACUACAGUGUCUGAUGCAGAAUUACAGAUAAGAAAGCUUUAUGUGGUUCACGAAACUCUCGGUCGUCUUCCAUUUUCUUUAGAAGAUGCAUCAAGAUGUGAAGAGGAAAUAAACAAAGAGGAUACUCAGUUUAGUCGCGUAACUUUGGAAACUAGAUUAAAUAACCGUAUAGUAGAUCUUCGUACUACUGCAAAUCACGGAAUUUUCAGAAUUCAAUCUGGAGUUUGUCAAUUAUUUCGCGAAUUUUUGUUAUCAAAAUCGUUUAUUGAAAUUCACACCCCAAAGAUACUUGGUGCAUCUAGUGAAGGCGGUGCAAAUGUGUUCGAAAUAAAAUAUUUCAAGGGAAACGCAUAUCUGGCGCAAUCACCUCAAUUAUAUAAACAAAUGUGUAUUUGUUCCGAUUUUGAACGUGUAUUUGAAAUAGCCCCCGUAUUUCGUGCCGAAGAUUCCAAUACCCAUCGCCAUAUGACAGAGUUUGUCGGUCUCGAUUUGGAAAUGGCUUUUGAGGAGCAUUAUCAUGAAGUGCUUGACAUCCUCGAUGAACUAUUUGUAUUCAUUUUUGAUGGUUUAAAGUCUAGAUUUACUUCUGAAAUUGAGACAGUAAAACGACAAUAUCCAACAACAAAUUUCGAAUACCUUCCAAAAACAUUAAGAUUGGAGUACAAAGAGGCCGUUCAAUUAUUAAGGGAUCAUGGUAUCGAAAUAGAGAAAUACAACACCGAUUUUUAUAUGCUUGAUAAAUUUCCAUUGGAAGUUCGUCCGUUUUAUACAAUGCCAGAUCCCAAUGAUAAGAACUAUUCAAAUUCAUAUGACUUUUUCAUGCGCGGGCAAGAAAUUCUCUCAGGGGCACAACGUGUCCAUGACCCAACAUUAUUAGAGGAACGCGCAAAAUUGCAUGGCGUCGAUUUGCGUACUAUACAAGCUUAUGUUGAUUCAUUUAAAAGAGGUGCGCCACCCCAUGCUGGCGGUGGUAUUGGUUUAGAACGAGUGGUAAUGCUUUACCUAAAUCUUGACAACAUACGUAGAUGUUCAUUAUUCCCUCGUGAUCCAAAGCGACUUGAACCCUAA